GCACGGAAGGAAAAUAUAAGAACCUGGUUGGUACAACAUCGCUUCCCGGGACCCACCCACUCACCCUCCCAGCCUUUCCCGAGCUCGGUGCUCGGCGACGGCGGGUGACGGCGAGUGGCACGGAAGGGACAGCUCCAGCAGUGGCUGCUUUGAGGGGGAGAAACAAAACCUGCAGGUCGAAAUCGGAGCAGGGUGACUUCGCCUUGCGGUGGGUGAGCGCCCCUGACCUCGGGCCCUCGGCUCGAGCCGCGCCGGCCCAUCCGCGGCGCCGGAGGCUCGCGGCGCGCCGCUGGACCCGCCCGAGCUCCAUGGUUCGCCCAGCCCCGCGCGAUGGGGACCCCAGGCGCCGAGGGGGGCGCGGGCCGAGCCCGCCGCUCGCGGGAUGAAGGCGGGCAGCGCGGCGGGCGGGCGGCCGGCGGGGGAUGUCGCCGCCACCCCAGCGCCCAGAGGAGCGGCCCAACCCUCUGCACCCGGAAAACGCCAACAAGUAGUUUCCCGCUGGAGAAGGGCGGCUGGGCUGGGCGUCAGGGCUCGGCCCACCUGCUCGGAGACCCUCGUCCACUCGGAAAGCACAGCAGACCCACUUUUCUCUCGGUCUCGUUAAGUCAUGUCUGAGCCACAGAGAUGGGCAAGAUCGAGAACAACGAGAGGGUGAUCCUCAAUGUCGGAGGCACCCGGCACGAAACCUACCGCAGCACCCUCAAGACCCUGCCCGGGACGCGCCUGGCCCUGCUCGCCGCCUCCGAGCCCCCGGGCGACUGCCUGACGGCGGCGGACAAGCUGCAGCCGUCGCCCCCUCCGCUGUCGCCGCCGCCGCGGCCGCCCUCGCUGUCCCCCGGGCCGGGCGGCUGCUUCGAGGGCGGCGCGGGCCACUGCGGUCCCCGCGGCGGCGGCGGCGGCGGCGACCACCCCGGGGGCGGCCGCGAGUUCUUCUUCGACCGGCACCCGGGCGUCUUCGCCUACGUGCUCAACUACUACCGCACCGGCAAGCUGCACUGCCCGGCCGACGUGUGCGGGCCGCUCUUCGAGGAGGAGCUGGCCUUCUGGGGCAUCGACGAGACGGACGUGGAGCCCUGCUGCUGGAUGACCUACCGGCAGCACCGCGACGCCGAGGAGGCGCUCGACAUCUUCGAGGCCCCCGACCUCAUCGGCGGGGACCCUGGCGACGACGAGGACCUGGCGGCCAAGAGGUUGGGCAUCGAGGACGCUGCGGGCCUGGGGGGUCCCGACGGCAAGUCCGGCCGCUGGAGGAGGCUGCAGCCCCGCGUGUGGGCCCUCUUCGAGGACCCCUACUCUUCCAGAGCCGCCAGGUUUAUUGCUUUUGCUUCCUUAUUCUUCAUCCUGGUUUCAAUCACAACCUUUUGCCUGGAGACACAUGAAGCUUUCAAUAUUGUUAAAAACAAGACAGAACCAGUCAUCAACGGCACAAGUGUUGUUCUACAGUAUGAAAUCGAAACGGAUCCUGCCUUGACAUAUGUAGAAGGAGUGUGUGUGGUGUGGUUUACUUUUGAAUUUUUAGUCCGUAUUGUUUUUUCCCCCAAUAAACUUGAAUUCAUCAAAAAUCUCUUGAAUAUCAUUGACUUUGUGGCCAUCCUACCUUUCUACUUGGAGGUGGGACUCAGUGGGCUCUCAUCCAAAGCUGCUAAAGACGUACUUGGCUUCCUCAGGGUGGUAAGGUUUGUGAGGAUCCUGAGAAUCUUCAAGCUCACCCGCCAUUUUGUAGGUCUGAGGGUGCUUGGACAUACUCUUCGAGCUAGUACUAAUGAAUUUUUGCUGCUGAUAAUCUUCCUGGCUCUGGGAGUUUUGAUAUUUGCUACUAUGAUCUACUAUGCCGAGAGGGUAGGAGCUCAACCCAACGACCCUUCAGCUAGUGAGCACACGCAGUUCAAAAACAUUCCUAUUGGGUUCUGGUGGGCUGUGGUGACCAUGACCACCUUGGGCUAUGGGGACAUGUACCCCCAGACAUGGUCAGGGAUGCUGGUGGGAGCCCUGUGUGCUCUGGCUGGAGUGUUGACAAUAGCCAUGCCGGUGCCUGUCAUUGUCAACAAUUUUGGAAUGUACUACUCCUUGGCAAUGGCAAAGCAGAAACUUCCAAGAAAAAGAAAGAAGCACAUUCCUCCUGUCCCUCAGGCAAGCUCACCUACUUUUUGCAAGACAGAAGUAAACAUGGCCUGCAAUAGCACACAGGGUGACAUGUGUCUGGGCAAAGACAAUCGGCUUCUGGAACAUAACAGAUCAGUGUUAUCAGGUGACGACAGUACAGGAAGUGAGCCGCCGUUAUCACCCCCAGAAAGGCUCCCCAUGAGACGCUCUAGUACCAGAGACAAAAACAGAAGAGGGGAAACAUGUUUCCUACUGGCGACAGGUGAUUACACGUGUGCUUCUGAUGGAGGGAUCAGGCAAGGAUAUGAAAAAUCCCGAAGCUUAAACAACAUAGCGGGCUUGGCAGGCAAUGCUCUGAGGCUCUCUCCAGUAACAUCACCCUACAACUCUCCUUGUCCUCUGAGGCGCUCUCGAUCUCCCAUUCCAUCCAUCUUGUAAACCAAACUGUAUCUGCCAGCUAAAUUGUGUUAAUUCAACUACUGUUUACCCCAUGAUGGAAAUAAUUAAAUGUAGAGUUACCCCAGCCUCCUUUAAUACAGUAUAAAUCUUGCAUGAUACUACUAUUUGAAGUCAGAAUGCCAUUUUGGGUAGCUAACACAUCUUAUCCUGGCUUUCAAGGUUAUCUAAAGUAGUGCUACUACUUCUCUGUAUAAAUUGUCCUGAUCUCCUUUUGCAAUAAAAUGACAGAUAGUAUCAGAGAUUGGCUGGUUCACUAAUACAUAAACAUAUCUUCAGGGAGAUACAUUUAAAACAGUGUGCUUCCAAAUGCUGACCACUUCAUUGGACCUUCAUGUCUUGUGACUCUGUAAACCACUCUGAAGAUGUCUGGGAUCCUAUCUUGGUUAUACCCAACAUGACUCUGGUCACCUCAUUUGCAUGGACCACCUUGUCUCUAUCACCUGAAACAAUGUCGCAGCGUUCGGGAACUGUGGAUGGCUCAGGAUGUGUGUACUUGCCUUGAACCAUCCUGCUGAUAUGAAAGCACUGGUGACUGGUCUGCAUGUUGAAUUAUGGGGCAUGGGGGUGUGUUUCUCCGUGACAUUUUUUCCCCUUAUUUUUUGAAAGAAAUAUUUAUUUUAAAUAGUUUACCUUUUUGAUUGAUUUAGUUGUCUUCAAAAAUGCUGUAUUGGAGUUCUGAAUGUCUCUGGUUGUUUGCACACAGAUAACUGCCAAGAGCUUGUCAUUACUGGUUACAUGAAAGCUGAGGCCAGAUCUUUUACUUAAUGGCUUGGGGAAGGCACAAAACCUGAGAGAAAGGUAACUGCCAGCCAGGCUUGUAUUGUUUAGCCAGGAACUGCUGCUUGGUACUAGAGUCACUUUUUUUUCAUCAGGAUUUGUCAUCAUUUUCAGAGACAGAGUGCCAAACAUCACCCAAAGCUCUUAUGUGGUUUUUUUACCCCGUUCUUUUAUUUUAAAGUUUUGUCCAAAUAUCAAAGAACAUUGUUGUUCAAAGGAAGCUUUCUUGACCAGCCUUAAAUUUCUGACACACAGGAUUAAUCAGACUUUCAAGCAGUGUUUAAUCAGGUGCUUUGUCCUGGAUGUUGUUCUGUCUGUCUGUCUUAACUGUAUAUGCCAUCUGUCUCCAUGAAGCACAGAAAUGCCUUGAUCAGAAGUUCAUGAUUUUAGUGCUGGGUUUUUCUCCCCCGCCCCCUGCCUUCUUUGCUACUUGGAACAGCCUCUCUGCUUUGUGUGUAUAUUAAUGAUGCCCUUAAACUACCUAUGUUAAGCAGUACUGUGACCCUGUUGGAUAAGCAGGAUUUAAGCAGCAGCAGCAGCAUUGCGUUUGGUUGCCUGCUGCCGUGUCCGUUUCUACUACCUAGCAACCAGCACUCGUCACUACACUCCAGCGAAACCCCUAGGGAGUCUUAUUCAGUCCAACUGGAAGAAAUUCUGUUUACACAGCCCUAUGAAUGCACAAGCAAUAGUGUUUCUGGUGUGUUGGGCAUGUAAGGGAAGAAAAAUGCCAUAAUUAUAAAUUGAGAAUUAAACAAUAUUUCUAAGGCAUUCAGGAGCUUUGAGAUUGUUAAUUCCUAAUUCUCAUGUUUAUUUUUUGUUAGAAAGAAAAUUGUCACUUUUUUUAUUGGCCAUGUAACAUGUAUUACUCUAUCCUCAAGUCCUAGAGCAUGACCUGCAUGUCAGAGAUCUUGUACAGCAAUGUAUUUACCCAGACGUAUACAUCUGAUAUUUAGAGAUUAAGUGAUCCUUUUGAUAAAACCACACAUAGCUAUAACUACCCACAGCUUUAUGGUGAAGGAAUUAAUAUACUGUCUGGUGCUGCUGUUAUUGACUGCAGUGUUGUACAGAAUUUAUCAUGGAUUUUUGACUGCUGAAAAAGGGACAGUGGAACUUAGCCACACCAAGGACUGUACUGGAAACAGACUUCUACUGCUGAAUGUGCCCUGAUGUGACCAGGUUGCACUCGGAAGAGGCCCCGCGUCUUCAUGAGGCACUUAAAGCUUAUGAAAGAACCGUGGCUGGAACUCAUUGGGUGCUCCCCAUAUGAGUGAUCCGUUUGUGGACUGGCUGGUGUCCAUGAAGUAAUUGUAAAUAUCAACAUGUGUGCACAGGUCAACAGCUUUGGCCAUUUCACAUCAAAGGAAGCCAAAUUCAUGAUCAACAUCUUGAAGCGUCAAGCAAGGCCCGUACCUCUGUGAGUCACCCAUCGUGGGCCUGCAGUAGAUUGUGCUGUGACUCAUACAAGGCAGUGAUACUGGUGUAGUGUAGAUCUUAAUUUCCCUUACUUCUUGUUUGUUGGUUGAAUCUAUGAAAUUGACUAUCAUUUUCUUAUAAACCACUCAUGUUAUCAGCUUGUCAUAUUAUGUUGUGAAAUAUUCAGUGCCUAUUUAUCAAAACUGACCUAUCCUUAGUCACAUAUUUGUUUAGUUCUUAAAAAUUGUUAUGACAAAAAAAAAUCUCACCGUUAUUCAUAGUUUAAGUCUUUUGUCAUUGUUACCUCAAAUAUAAAUAUUACAAAAAAAUAAAUUCUGUCAAUGAGAGUAUUUUUUUAUUAAAUGAUCAAGGAGCAAUGUCAGUAUAUAGUAGAAUAUUAAUCAAAUUAUAUCCUAAAAUGUAUAUUUUGCAUAAAAGAGAUAUUCUUCAAUCGAUUACUUUUUUGUGAGUUUUAUGGCAAAUGAAGCCUGUAUUUGUCUUUAAAACUGUUGUAGUUAAAAUUGUAUAAGAAUUCUUCGUCUUGCUUAAUCAGUGUUUGCAGAAUCUCUUAGUUGCCCUGGGAUUCUGAAUGUUACAUAUAAUCUGAUUAUGAGCCCCUGCAUCGUGGAUCUUUUGUGAACAUUUCAAGGUGCAUGCACAACCUUGGUGACAACUGAUGGAAAUGUAACUAACUGAAAUGAAGAAUAAAAGGCAAAUAAGCUAAGGAUAAACUUGAAUCCUAUCUGAUUAAAUUAUUCACAUUCUUU